AUGCGGCGGCUGUGCCGGGGCCGCCUGCUGGGCAUCUCGGUGGCCAUCGCGCACGGGGUCUUCUCGGGCUCCCUCAACAUCCUGCUGAAGUUCCUCAUCAGCCGCUACCAGUUCUCCUUCCUGACCCUGGUGCAGUGCCUGACCAGCUCCACGGCGGCGCUGAGCCUGGAGCUGCUGCGGCGCCUCGGGCUCAUCGCCGUGCCCCCCUUCGGCCUGAGCCUGGCGCGCGCCUUCGCGGGGGUCGCAGUGCUCUCCACGCUGCAGUCCAGCCUCACGCUCUGGUCCCUGCGUGGCCUCAGCCUGCCUAUGUACGUGGUCUUCAAGCGCUGCCUGCCCCUGGUCACCAUGCUCAUCGGCGUCCUGGUGCUCAAGAACGGCGCGCCCUCGCCUGGGGUGCUGGCGGCCGUGCUCAUCACCACCUGCGGCGCCGCCCUGGCAGGAGCCGGCGACCUGACUGGCGACCCCAUGGGAUACGUCACGGGCGUGCUGGCAGUGCUGGUGCACGCCGCCUACCUGGUGCUCAUCCAGAAGGCGAGCGCGGACACGGAGCACGGGCCGCUCACCGCGCAGUAUGUCAUCGCCGUCUCCGCCACUCCGCUGCUCGUCGUCUGCUCCUUCGCCAGCACCGACUCCAUCCACGCCUGGGCCUUUCCCGGCUGGAAGGACCCGGCCAUGGUCUGUAUCUUCGUGGCCUGCAUCCUGAUCGGCUGCGCCAUGAACUUCACCACGCUGCACUGUACCUACAUCAACUCGGCCGUGACCACCAGCUUCGUGGGCGUGGUGAAGAGCAUCGCCACCAUCACGGUGGGCAUGGUGGCCUUCAGCGACGUGGAACCCACCUCUCUGUUCAUUGCCGGCGUCGUGGUGAACACGCUGGGCUCCAUUAUUUACUGUGUGGCUAAAUUCGUGGAGACCAAAAAGAGAAGCAACUACGAGGACCUAGAGGCGCAGCCAAGUGGAGACCAGCUGCCUUUCGUUAUGGAGGAGCUGCCCGGGGAGGGUGGAAAUGGCAGGUCAGCAGGUGGGCAGGGAGCAGGUGGCUCCGCUCAGCAGAGGGGUCAAGAGGCGAGGGGCAGCCCCAGAGGAGUCCCGCUGGGGGCUGGAAGCUCGCAGAUCUCAGACAGCUGUGGAGAAGGCGGCACGAGGUCCUUGAAGGAGGCUUACCUGGAAGUGUGGAGGUUAGUUAGGGGAACCAAGUACAUGAGGAAGGAUUAUUUGAUAGAAAAUGAGGAGUUACCCAGUCCUUGA